AUGGCGGAGGUCCAUGGUGGGAAAAGCCUGGGGCUGAGGCCAGGCGCCGGCAGAGCAGAGAGGAGGUGUCCCGGGAAGGCAGGCUGGGACUGGUGUGUGGAGGUGGGGUUGAAGAGUGGAGACCCCAGGAACAGCGCCACCUCCACAAAACCACCAAAUCUUUGUACGACCACGUUUACCACUGACUUCAAUGUAAGUGACGCUGGUGGAGACCAGUGCGGCCCCCAGCGGGUUGGAACUAGUCAGCUCCUACCAGACCAACAGAGUGGGAGACCCCAUGGACCUGGUGGCCCUGGCAGAACAGGUGCAGAAGGUGCGGAUCCAGGUUUCUCCAACAUGCCAAUAAAGGCCCGAAAGGGAGAUGAUUUCAUAAAAGCCAACGCUUGUAACAAGCUGACGGUGAUCGCAGACCAGAUCCGAUACCUGCAGGAGCAGGCGAGGAAGACUCUGGAAGAAGCUAAAAGAGAUGCGGACCUCCAUCACGCUGCCUGCAACAUUGUGAAGAAGCCAGGCAACAUGUAUUACCUCUACCAGCGGCCGUCUGGACAGAAAUACUUCUCCAUCAUCUCCCCUAAGGAAUGGGGACUGAGCUGCCCGCAUUCAUUUAUCGGCGCCUUCAAGCUUCAACACGACAUGUCCUGGACGCCCAUGGACAAGGUGGACAAGAGGGACGCAGAGAUGGCCAUCAUGGACAAACUUCUCAGCCAGCAGACGGCCCUGCCGCCCCACACAGGACCAAACUUUAAAGGCCUCACCGAGUAAUGGGCGGAUAAAAGUGGACUGUAACCGGUCACACAGAGGCUUUUCUAAGAGGACGCUCGUGGGUGGAGGUUAACUAUGAUCUUUAAGGGACAUGCUGAUCCAUACGGGGAUGGAAGGAGGAGCCUGACAGCAUCAGAGACUCUUUACUACACGUUUGUUUUCCAGGCUGGUGACAGACUCUCACCUCUUUACUACACCAACAUUCAGAUUCAAAGCAAAACAAAUGUUCUGUCUCACCAGGCGGAAGCACAAAGCUCCACAGUGCUUCUUUUAAAGCAAAACCACAGCUCAGUAACAGAAAUAAAAUGUUUCUAUUGGUCUCUAA